GACGUACUUUCCAAAGGAGGACUGGGCAUGCAUAUCCCAAGAUCCUUUGUUCUGUUUUCAAAAUGGCGAUUCCCUCGCCGAUAAGUGAUAACUUCAGUGCUAAACAGUGCAUUAAUUAAUAUAAAUGUAGCCAUCGAUAUGACUCGUGUUGCAGUGGUUACUGGAGGAAAUCGUGGAAUUGGUUUUUGUAUUGUUAAACAACUUAGCAAGCAGUUUGAUGGUGUUAUCAUACUUACAGCCAGAGACGAAAAGCAGGGAGCAGAUGCUUGUGCAAAGAUAAAAGGGGAUGGCACUGCGGAUAUAGAAAGCCACCAGUUAGAUAUCACUUCACAAGAAAACAUUGCCCAAUUAAAGGACCAUGUGAAGGAAAAGUUUGGAGGAUUAGAUGUUCUUGUAAAUAAUGCUGCCAUUCUUAUUCCUUCUUCCUCUGGAAUAUCCUAUGCUUCAAAUGCAGAGCUUUGUGUCAAAACCAAUUUCUUUGGUACUCUUGAUGUCUGUAAGGCUAUGUUUCCUCUUUUGAGGGAUCAAGCAAGGGUUGUUAAUGUUUCAUCUCUCAUGGGUUCUUUGAAGAUUGUGGACCCAUCAUUACAGAAGAAGUUUAAUUCACCAAAACUAACUGUAAAUGAGUGUGUCGCACUGAUGAACAAAUAUGUCAGUGAUGUUAAAGCUGGAAAAGCUAAAGAAAAUGGAUGGCCAGAUGAAAACUCAGUGCAAAGUCCAGCAUAUUCCAUGUCCAAGCUUGGCGUAACUGUCUUGACAACAGUAAUGGCAAAAGAGCUUGACUCUAAGAGAGGCAUUCUACUCAAUGCUGUUUGUCCAGGAUGGUGCAGAACUGACAUGGGAGGACCAAAGGCUCAAAGGUCACCAGAAACAGGUGCAAGGACCUGUGUAUAUGCCGCUCUCCUACCACCAAACCAAACAUCGCCCAAUGGACGGUUAUUACGAGAUGAGAAAAUAUGGCAGUGGAAACAACUGGUUCUUCGGAACGUGGAAGGCUACGAAGGACGACGGAAUGACUUGAUUUUCUGUGGCUCUGAGGGUCAACAACAUGUGGUGUUCUUUCCGGGCGAUAUUCAGAACUAUGCAGACGAAAUGGAUAAAAAUUGGAAGCAGUGGGACCUGGAAACCAUAGCUAAGUUGCUGGAUAAACGUUUCCCUAACAGCUUUAUUUGGGUAGUACGUCCAUCUCGUUACCACAUCAAAACUUUCUCUUGUUACAAUAACUUUGUGGAAGCGAAUUUGUUUGGUGUGCCUGACCAUAGAAACACAGAAUAUGGAGCGUUGCUGCAUCUAAAAGCCUUGAUAACUUCAGGUGUUCGACAAGUUUUAGACAUCCCAGAGAAAGAAGAAGACAUAACAUCGGAUUUUCCUAUCAUCAUCAUCGGCUUCAGCAAAGGCUGUUGUGUGUUGAAUCAAAUCAUACACGAGCUUUCAAGUGUAACCACUGGCAUAGAUGCUCGACUUAACGAUUUCGUCUCGAGGAUCAGCGCAAUGUAUUGGCUUGAUGGAGGCCACAGCGGCGAGGCCAACACUUGGAUUACAGACGAGAAAUAUCUAUACUAUCUGGCUAAGCACAUCCCCAGCAUCAGGGUUCACGUGACUCCGUAUCAGAUAAAGGACUGGACACGACCGUGGAUUGGAAAAGAGGAAAAGAUUUUUGUGGACAAACUUAAGGCACUAGGUGCCAAUGUAAAGGUUAGGGAGCAUUUUGGAGACAAGGACCCUUCGUUGUUUUAUCAUUUUAAGCUACUUGAAAGUUUCUGAAUCGCCAAUUAUGGUUAAUGCCGGACUCAUGUACUGCUCGACUAAAUGCGUUCCAGUUUCACGUCCCAGACAAUUCAGUAAGAAUUAGCGUAUAGGUGAAGAAUACAGCUGAUCGUCGAGAACAUUUAUUCCCAGGGCCGGAAUGCCUCCUCUGUAAUUAUGCUCUUGGAUUUAGAAUGAAAUACACCUCUUGUCAGGGACGCAUAUAAUUUGUAAAUGCCAAGGCGGCGAGAUCAGCACUUGGAUUACAGACGAGAAAUAUCUAUACUACCUGGCUAAAAUUGUGGAGAAACUAAAGGCCUAGCCAAGACCCUA